UCUCGCGCCUUUUUUCUUGCACAGUUUCAAUGUAACUUUUUUUACGUUGCUUACAAAUUUUCUUUGAAGAUGUGAUCAUGCAUUUAUGAACAGUUUACUCUAGCAAAACAAAAUAAGGCUUAGUUCGUUAAUAUUUUCGUUAUUGAACUUUUGUUAAAAAACUCAAUCCUUCAGAGAUGUGCUUUUUAACAUGAUAACAUUUUCAAAAAUUCGAGUGAUGAACCAGACGAAGUGUAGCUGCAAUUUUAUGAAAGUGAAAUUUAGGAUUCUUCUUGACACGUGGAGUACGAGCGUUCUAUCCCUAUUCCAGUUUGAAAAUGUCCAAAAGGUUUUCAAGAGGCAAAAAUGAUUCACCUGCUAAAAAAAUCAAGCUUGAUAUAACCAGAGAGCAAAGUAAUUUACAAAAGGAUCAAAAGCUACAGCAAAAUGUUACAUCAAACAACACACCAAAUGAUUUGGAGGAUCUGUGGGGUGAUGACUUUGGUGAACACGAGAUUGAGGAGAUGGACAUCAUUGCAUCGCAAGCAACACAGGAGGAAAAAGUUUUUGUUCAACCUCAACCAAUUGUCAACCCUAAGAAAUCUCCCAAGUAUAGUACACCUUUAGAAUCUUUUCCAUCUACAAGCUCUGGUUUCAGAGGUUGUGCUCGUUAUUGUCCAAUAGUAGCCUCUCAAGUAAUCUCAUCAAACCAUUGUUCAGACAUAGAUAAAGAAAUUAUUGAAAGUACUCAGGCUAUAAUAUUUGAUGAUUUUCAAACUAAUAUUAAAGUCAAUAUGAAUUCUACUUUAAUUAAUGGGCAAGCAGCAUCUCAAAAUAACAUUGUUAUGGUCUCAGAUGAUGAUCAAGUUGCAAAGUGGAAAGAAGAAAAGAAAAAGUUAUUGGAAGAUUUCAUGACUAAAGAAGGAGAAACUGAAUUCCUUCGUCAACAACUAAAUCAAAUUCAAGCUCGAGCAGAAAAUGUCAAGAAGGAGCAAGCUUGUUUAUUGGAAGAAAAAGAGCGACAGAUGACUGCAGAAAAAAAUGCAUUACUCAAAGAAAAAGCUACAUUAGAAUCAAGUAUUCAGUUAUUGAAUUUGCAAGUAAGUUCUAUGACUGAAAAAUGUAAAUUGCUAGAGUCAGGAGCUAUUAAAUUUACACAACCUCAAGCAAAUUAUUGUAAAAUUAACAGGGACAGAGGCAAUGCUUCAUUAAAUAUGUCCACAGUAAAGAAAGCAAAAACAAAAGAAACUGGUAUACAGGUUGAAGAAGUUUCUUCUAAUGAGCAUUUAAAAUCGACAAUUAUUCUGUAUCCUUUGAAAUGUUUGCCACAAUUUGCAUUUGAGCCAUCACAACCUGAAAAGUCAGUAGUAGAUGUGAAAGUUGAAGAAAAAAUCGGCAAAAGAAAUUUAGCUAUUAUUCAGGAUGAGGAGACAUUUCGUAUUUCCGAAAACCCAGAGUUGUCAAAGCCAAAAGUAACAGUAGUCGACGACAAAAACUUGAGCACUGAUUUUUAUUUACCGGACUUGGCAAAGCUUGUCAAUAAAUCGAGCGACGAAAUAAAUUCUUUCGAAGCCAUUCCAAUCAUCAAUAAAAUGGUAGCAACAUCUUUAGAGCUUCUUCUAAACACAACUCUAGUCCUUCAAAAUAUCUCGCAAGUUCUUCAGAAUGACGACAUUCGCGACAUGAACGAAUUUUAUAUGUCUGAGUUCUAUGAAAUGCCAGUAUUACAUACCAAAUCUACCCUCGAAGCUCGUUCUUGGUAUGACUUUGAACGUGGAAUCGAGGCACGUCGUGCAAUCGGAACUUUGGCUCAUGUCGUUAUGUCUUGCAUAUAUCUGGGUAAUUUUGUUGCUGGUAAAGUUAAGCUGAACAUCAGCAAGGAUGUUGAGUACCAAAGAUAUAUCAAACAGAUGAAAAGUUACGAAACGUGGGAUAAAAAAGGUCAAGAUUUCGAAUUUUUGAAUUUAUUUUUGGAUUUUGUCACCGUUGUUGGAGUUAUUAGAAGAGCUCAUCAAUUUACCGGUCUCAUUAAUGCCAUACUAGCUUUAAUCAUAAAUGUUCAGUCUACAGUUGGAUUUUGCAAUCUAGGAUUGAAACGCAUAAGCUUCACAUUGAGAGAAAUUAUUUUUUGCAGACCAUUACUUGCAUGUUUCAUACCUAUUAGUACAUCACUGAAAGAGUUUUCGCAUUAUGACACCUUUGUCAAAACAUUUUGCAAUUCUUCAGAUAAAACUGGCGUUGUUUAUUGGAAAGGGUCACCGGCUUUUACUCUAGAUGGUUGUGCUUUAGAAAUUUUUACGGCGCAAUUAGAAACAUAUAAAUUAGAUCCAGUGACAAUGAUACACAUGACGAGAGAUUUAACAGCUUUCAUUCAUACGGCUCUUAUGACAGUUUCUAUUCCGUGGUUUGACACAACAAUCAACUCGUGUAACUGUUGUUUAAAUAUUUUGAAAUUGGUCAUGAUAUAUCAGUGUGAAUGUUCUAAAUUCGACGUUGAAGAAUUGAAAACCAAAUAUAUUCAAAACGAUAUUUUAUGGCGAAUUUCAAGAUGCAAUAUCAAUAAUAAAAAGCAAAUCAUAUCGUGGAAGCAUCAGCUACGGGAAGAUUGGAGUAGUUUCGAAAACAAUCGGAAAGAAAAUUUUUGGUCUAUUUUGAAAAUAUUACAGUUUUCUACUAUUUCUCACGGUAUCCGACUAUUGAGUUUUUUAGCAAAACGAGACGUAGAUUUUACGAUUAGAAUGACAUACAUUGAGGAUGCGUUUCAUGUAUUUCUACAUAAUAUUACUAAGAGAAAUUACUUCAAAUUGAAGACGUACGAUGAAGCUGCAUUAGAUAUCGUUAAAAAGACUUUUGAUUUGGAUAAAAACAGAGAAGACAUGGAACCCAACCAACACAAACUUGAUCUUAUUAAUCUUGAAAGCCAAAGGUGGACAGACAUUUCACCUCCUACCAGUCUUGAUUUAUUGAAGCUGUAUAACUGCUCGUAG